AUGGCAGGGCUCAAGUUGCCAAAAUUAAUCAUUGCAUUUCUUGCAAUCUCCACAUUCAUCGGCAAGCAGUUGGUAAACGCCGAUAUUGACCAUGGUUUGGAACCUAUUGUUGAUUAUCCAUUUGUAAUCCCAGAGACUGCAGACGAUGGAGAGGACAACCAGGUGGACUGGUUGAAAUGGCUCAUUAAUGAGAUCGGAAACGUUCCUCACGACAAUGAUGUUAGUCACAUCACAAGGACACGCGCAUUCAAGCGUAUGCAUCAAAUCAUUGACCUACUACCACCGCAUCUUGGAAGGCUACUUAGAGUAAGAGAUGUAUUCCAUGUUGAUGAGAACUUGGUUUACCAACUUUCGCAACAGCCUGCUGGAAAGUUGAAUGAAACCUUGGUUGAGGGACUUACAAGACAUUUCAUCGCAGAAUUGCUAUGGCAAUACCCAGUAUACUUCAGUGCCGGCAAGUAUCACAUAGAUUGGGAAUCACAAAUCAAAACUGCUAUACAUCAUAUUCUAUCGGUGGCAACGUUGCCAGAGAUUGACGAAUACUACGUUGCCCCCGAGUUCACAGACGAUAUCGCGGAAGAAGAUGGUGAAACUGCCUAUGAGGACCAAUUCGAUCAAGUCUUCCUAGGUGAUGACAGUGACUCAUUAUCUACAGUUUCGGAACAAGAUAUAGGGGAGGUCGUUGAAUUCGACGAACCAUACCUAGAAUCAGAAGAUUACACACAGGAGGACAGGGAAUCGGAAUAUGUAGAGUCUCAUAUGGACACUGAUGACUAUGGAUACUCAUUAACUGAAGAUACCACAUUAACUGAAGAUACCACAUUAACUGAUUCUGAGUCGGACGAUUACGAGGUUUCAACAGUUGAAACAAACAAGAAACCCAUUGAAACUAUCGUAUACCCCAACUUCGCUGAAGAGAAAACCGGUAAUCUGGUUGGUUACCGUAAAAAGGAUGAGGAACAAUCUGGAUGGUGGAACCACGUAAUUGUUGGCAGGCGGGAUGAGUCUGAUCUACGUCGUGGCUACGCUUACUUCAAGCAAAUAGUUGACCGUGUGCUUGAAUACGAGCCGGAGGUUGAGUCAUUCCUACAAUACAAGGAUACCGUUCAAAGUCUUAAACACAUGGGUGACAUUCAUCCACCUACUGAAUUGGCUCAAGAAAUUGCUGCUUUGAAAGCUGAUGAUGUGCCCACAAACAUCCCAGAAGAUAUCACGUGGAAAAUCGCGCGAUACAUCGCCCAAAUCAUAUUCGAUCAAACCUUCAACCAUCUACCCAACGACACGAUCGGAAACGUUCAAAGGGAGCGCCAUUACAAAAUUUUGAAGUUCUAUGUGGUGCAGGCCUUAGAGGCUUAA